AUGAAUCAGGACCGCAGUUGGAUGUAUAUUAGACAUAGUAAUGGAUUGCUAGCGGAAGGAUUUUUUGAUAAGGUUGAGGAGUUUGUCGAGAGAAAAUGCAGAAACACAAAUUACCGAGAUCCAGAAGAUGUCAAGUUACAUGUGUUGCAGUCUGGGUUUGUUGAAGAUUACCAAGUGUGGGUUCAUCACGGUGAGGGCACUGUCUUGAAUCCUCCUCCUUGGGCACUGCCAUCGGGUAAUUACGAUCAGUUUGACUACGGAAAUGACGAGGAUGGUUUUGAUGCAGUUCAGAGAAUGGUGAUCGAUGUAGCUGGUCCUGAAAUGUUUACUGAUGAAGAGCCUCCUAAUCAGGAAGCCCAGAGAUUUUAUGAUAUGAUGCGUUCGGCGGAAGAAGAAAUAUGGCCCGGGAAUAACAGACAUUCCCCUUUGUCCGCAGCAACUAACAUAUUGGACAUUAAAUGUCGCCAUCAGGGUUUACUUGCUUUAAUUGACGACAUUUGUAGUUUAAUGCAAGAAUUGCUGCCAGAGGAGAACAAGAUGCCAGUAAAUUUUGCUAAAAUUAAAAAGCUGGUGAAAGGUUUGGGGUUGCCGGUGGAGGUUAUUGAAUGCUGUUUUUACAACUGCAUGCUUUUCUGGGGGGAAGAUGAGGCUUUAACGUGCUGUAAAGUGUGUGGCCACGAACGGUGGAAACCAGUUACCAAAAGCAAUUCUUCCAGAAAACGAAAGGCCAACGUGCCAUAUAAGAAGAUGUUUUAUUUUCCAAUUACUCCGAGGCUGCAGAGGUUGUAUGCUUCGAAAGCCACAACUGGGCAUAUGACAUGGCACGCCGAACAUGAAAUGGAAGACGGGAAAAUGUGUCAUCCGUCUGAUUCUCCAGCCUGGAAACGGUUUAGUGAGUUGCAUACGGAUUUUGCUGACGAACCUCGAAAUGUUAGACUUGGCUUAUGCACUGAUGGGUUUCAACCGUUUGGCAGUUUCGGGUCACCUUAUUCUUCAUGGCCGGUAAUUGUGACGCCUUAUAAUCUGCCUCCAGGCAUGUGCAUGAAGGAUGAGUUCAUGUUUUUAACGAUACUUGUCCCGGGUCCGCGUAAUCCGAAAAACACUAUGGACAUUUUCCUCCAGCCGUUGAUAGCAGAGUUAAACCAAUUGUGGGAAUCUGGGAUCCGAACCUUUGAUAUUCACAAGCGUCAGAACUUUCAAAUGAAAGCGGCCCUUAUGUGGACAAUUAAUAAUUUCCCGGCCUAUUCAAUGCUAUCUGGUUGGAGCACAUCAGGUAGAUUGGCAUGUCCAUAUUGCAUGGAAGAUACGAAUGCAUUCACGCUUACUAAGAGUGGUAAACAAUGCAUUCAUGAUACGAAGAUACGAAUGCAUUCACGCUUAUCGGUCGGUAAAACGUCGGAUCUUCGUCGGUACCUAGUGUUUGAAGAGGACAAAACUUCCACUUCUUGUUCCAGAAGUCUCUUUUGGCAUGUUGCGUUUUAUGAUGUUUAUUUCAUUGUGUUGGCCGCACAUGUUUUUGAUUUUAUGGUUGGUUAUCAUGUGGUUUCAUUAGUUUAA